UGAGAAUUCGCAGAGAUGUAAAAAAGAAAAGGUGAGGAAAGAGAGAUAAUUGAUGUAUGUGUGAAGCCGACUGCAAGUCAAAACCACCGAACUUCAUAUUCACCGAAUUGGAUAAUCCAAGAAGCAAAAAUAUCUGACCCUUCACUUCGCCGAAAAGCCGAAAGAAUCGAGCAGGAAUGUGCGGUUGAUCAGGUCGGAUUCCGUCUCCUUCUCAGGCUCUGUUUGCGGAGCUUCCGGAUUCAAUUGAAUCAUCAUCGUCUUCUUCAACCUCGUUAAUCGGAAGAAUACUGUUAUCGGUUUCAUUUUCCUGCUUUAUUGGCUAUUCUAUUCGUUUUCAUUUCAAACGAAGUCGUUGUGAUGAUGGCUUUGGCGACGAAGAUGAGAAGAAAUGCAUGCAUCGUCACCAAUUGUCUUGUGGCGUCUGGAAAAUUUAAUUUCCUAUCGGUGGGCUCUGAAAAUGCAUCUUACUCCAUGAUCAGAAAAGUUAAUGGUUUUACAACAUUCGGGGAACAACUGGAUGCUUCGAGAAUGUAUGCUACGUCUUGUGCUAAGUUGUCGGAUGAAAUCCAGAAAGAAACCUCCAACUCUGAUAUGUUGGUUGAUUCAUUUGGGAGGAUGCACACUUACUUAAGGAUAUCAUUGACAGAACGUUGCAACUUGAGAUGUCAGUACUGUAUGCCUGCGGAAGGUGUAGACCUGACUUCCAGCCCCAAACUUCUUACUCGAAACGAAAUUAUUCGAUUGGCUAAUCUUUUUGUAAGCUCUGGUGUAAAUAAAAUUCGCUUGACUGGUGGGGAGCCUACCAUUAGGAAAGAUAUUGAGGAUAUAUGUUUAGAGCUGUCCAAUUUAAAAGGUUUGAAGACACUGGCUAUGACCACGAAUGGAAUUGUCCUUGCCAGAAAACUUCCGAUGCUGAAAGAAUGUGGGCUUACUGCUAUUAAUAUUAGUUUGGAUACUUUGGUUCCAGCAAAGUUUGAAUUCAUGACCCGACGCAAGGGGCAUGAAAAGGUCAUGGAAUCUAUCAAUGCUGCGAUAGACCUUGGUUACAAUCCUGUUAAAGUGAAUUGUGUUAUAAUGCGUGGUUUCAAUGAUGAUGAAAUCUGCAAUUUUGUUGAGCUGACUCGUAAUAAACCAAUUAAUAUUCGGUUCAUUGAGUUUAUGCCCUUUGAUGGAAAUGUUUGGAAUGUAAAGAAACUGGUACCCUACUCAGAAAUUUUGCAAACAGUGGAUAAGCACUUUACAGGCCUGACACGACUUGGGGAUCAUCCCACAGAGACAGCGAAGAACUUCAGAAUAGAUGGGCACCUGGGUACAGUUUCUUUUAUUACGUCAAUGACUGAGCAUUUUUGUGCUGGUUGCAAUAGAUUGCGACUUUUAGCAGAUGGAAACUUUAAAGUCUGCUUAUUUGGUCCGUCAGAGGUUAGCUUGAGAGACCCACUUCGUCAUGGUGCUGAUGAUAAUGGGCUUAGGGAAAUAAUUGGUGCAGCGGUAAGAAGAAAGAAAUCUUCACAUGCUGGAAUGUUUGACAUUGCAAAGACUGCAAAUAGACCUAUGAUACACAUUGGUGGCUAAUCUAAACUUGGUCCCAUUUCUGUCCAACUAGCUUGACUAGAAUAGAGCCCUGUUGGUAUACAUGGAUACCGUCGAGAUUGAAGUCAAAACUGUAGUGCUAAUAUAAAGAAGCCUGGUAAGUGAAAAACCAUAAAAAGGCAUACACUGCACUAGUUAGUACUGUAAAAGAUAUGUCUGGCUGAUUCAUGUACAACUUUGGUCGGUAACAUUAUGAUGCCAGUUGUAAUUUAAAUGCUAAUAUAGAGUGGUUAGUGUUGUUUAUUUUGCAUCAUAACUUUAGAAGACCUCGCUCAUCAAAUCAAAUAGAAAACCAUGCAUUUAGGUAACCUCACGUUUAUACA